AUGAACUCUAUCGUCUCGCCAACUCUGUUCAGGAUCGUAAGCGCCGGCUACACUAUCAUGAACAAGGCCAAUUCCGCACUCGAAUAUCGCGCCCUCGAAUACGCAUUGUACUCCGUCAUGACUGUUCGGGGCACUGUAAGUGUGAUGAGAAUCUGGAAAGGCGCAAGGACUCCACCAGGAGUCGACCAUAACACAUGGAAGGCUAUCACUUGGCGCGUUAUUAACUGGCUUCAUAUUAAGCUUAAGACGAAUGUUAGUCUACGGAAAGAGCUGGAAGUUGCGAAGAAGCAGCAGAAGGAGUCUGAGAUGAGGGAGAAGGCGAGCUCUGAUCGAGCGCGUCGAAAUACACAGGUCGACGAGGUUCCAGACUUUGCGACGCCUGUGCGCGAAGAGCCUACACAAACACCAGAAGUGGUCCGCAAAUUACAGGAGGCACUCAAGGAGACGAGCGAUAGCCUGAAGCGCAGUAAUGCGCAGGUCAAAGAGCUCCAGCAGUCUACGAGCAAGCCUGCGCACCCGAGUAGAAUUUCCAACUCGUCUCACAACUCAUCAACUCCAAAGCGAGAUGCACUGGAGGAUAUGGGGCAUCAACUUCGGGCGGCGCGGCAAGAGGCUGUAGACGCCAAGAUGGAAGCGGAUUCCAAGGACGAGCAGCUACGGCUGGUGCGAGAAGAGGCUGAUGGGGCUAAAGCUAAAGUCGCUUCACUACUGGCUUCUCACGGUCAAGAACCUCGGGCAGUAUCGGAAGAGAUUGAGGCGGUUGAAGCUCAAGUGGCUUCCCUGAAGGCUGAGCUGGAAGCUGCACGACAAGAAACGCAGACGGCUAACGUGGAACUCCUCUCAGUCAAGGAGCAAUUGGGUUGCGCGAACGAAGCCAUCAAAACCGCUGGAUCUGGCCUGGCCCAGGUGAAAGAACUCGUGGGAAAAGUCCAAGAAGAGAAGGAAGAGGCAGAAGCCAACGCAGCAUCUCUGACUAUGCAGUUGCAAGCGUCCCGAGAAGAAGAAGAGAAGGGCAGAGCCGAUGCAGCUUCGAUGGAGAGAGACUUCCACGAGGUGCGACUACGACAUAGCAAGGAAGUUGCCGCGCUCAAAGAGCAGGUCAAGGAGUGGGAAGGCAUUGCUGCGGAGGCGAAGGAAGUUAACGAUAAUGUGCAGACCGCGCUUAAUGAGGAGAACGAGGAGCUCAAAGAGCAGCUCAAGAAGGAGGUUACUCGUCGCGAGGCAUUGGAGAUGGAGGUCAAGAAGCUGAAGUCGGAGAUCGACGGUGCGAAAGCCACAGAGAUGGCUGCACCCGCAGCGAAGUCGCUCACUCCAUCUGAGACGCAGAAUGCAUCGAGCGCGAUCUAUUCCAACCAUCCUAUCGAUACUCAGCCACGUCUCGUCCCCGUCGCCGGUCUCACAAGCCCAUCUACACCCAUCCCCACGGCAUUACCAGGCCCCACAACCACUCCCGAUACAACCUCGACGCCAAAGGACCACAAAAAACUCACCGCAGACUGGAAUGCUAGGACGAUCACACUCCCAGCAUACAUCGAAGGCUUGGAUGCGUUGAAGCGAAAGUCUGAUGAUGAGGGCGAGACACCCAGACCGGUCAAGCAGCUUCGGCUUAGCGGCGAGAGUGCAGAGAUUCCGACAGGAAAUCUAUUGACGCCUGAUGGGGGACCGGCAUUCAAGUUCGCCGUACAAGAACCAGGCGAAGCAGAACAGGGAGAAGACCAGGAAGAAGAACACGAAGAAGAACAGGGAGAAGACGAUGGUGACACUUCUGAUAUCGAAGACUUCUGGAGUUCUUUUGAGGGUGACGCGGACAACUCGGGCACUUUCACAUAUGGCUUGGGCGACGAAGUUGGCGCUGAGGUAGCAGCUCUUCCCGAGAAAGACGCAGCGAAGGGCAAGGCAAACCCCCUUGGCGAUACUCUCGUCAUUGACGGCGAUACCAUCAUCGAUGAAAGCGAUCACAGCAAUGACGAUCUCUAUGCCAUGCCUUCACCAAGUCCAAACAAGCAGCCGCCUCCGGUCAUCAGCGAUAUUCCCGGUAUCGACAUCCCCGAUAUCGACAUCCCCGCCAUCGAGCUGACUCCAGCUACCAAGCGGAAGGUCAACGUCGACGGCGAAGAAGGUUCACCUAAGCCAUCUCAGGUAGCGAGGAUGAAGGAGGACCUUGGCGGUGAGCAGACUCUGGCUUUGGAGAACAUGACUCCAAUUGUCGUUACUCGCAAGCCCACUAUCAUAUUGACCCCGGCUACGAAGCGGCUCUUGACAGAAGAUGACGGUGAAGAGCCGCCUCCGUCGUCGCAGAUGCCACCUAGGUUAUUGCAGUCACUGCCGAAGUCGUCAAAGGUGCAGAGGACGAAGGUUGACUUGGGUGAUGAGCAGACUCCGACUCUGAACGAGAUGUUCACAGAGAACGUUGUGGAUGCGCCUCUUGAAGGAAACGAGACGACUGAAGUCAGCAGUCCAUCCCAAGUCCCAGCCGAGAACGGCGAUACUCCACCGGAAGCACAUCCCGCGUCGACCGAGCCAGCAGGCCCAAAUAACGACAUCACGACAGCUAACACCGAUGAAACAAACGUAGCCAGCGCCGCCAGUCUUGCGCUCCCUGCUUCAUCCCAGGCACCCAACAACAGGCGCACGCGCAAUGCCGGGAAGCCCAUCGGAUCUCUCAACGAGAACGUGUUGAGUAAGAUGGCAGCGUCGCCGAUGAAGGAGGAUAAAGAGAUAGAUGCGCAGAAGGAGAAUGGAAGGGGCAAGUCUCCCGUCAAGUCGACAAAGUCGCCAGCAAAGAAGACGGUCAAGUCGCCGGCUAAGGCACCGGAGAGAUCGCGAGCGAGCAGGAGCCCGUCCAAGUCAAAGGCGGAUAGGCGAUAG